AUGUGUAUUAGUGACGACCGGCAUAACCAACAACAACACAUAUGGCAGCCUCCUAUUGUUGGUUGGGUGAAAUGCAAUGUGGAUGUUGGUUUCAAUAAACACUUAGGAACAACUAACAGAGGUACUUCGUGGAAUGUUGAUAUCUACACUGUCGUUGAGGCGGAGGCUUUGGCAUUGAAGGAAGCGGUCCAAGGAUCUAUUCAGAUGCAAAUGGAGCGCAUUACAUUUGAAAGUGAUUCUCAAAUGGUGGUGCAAGCUAUUAGUGCUAAUUAUGUUGGUAAUUUUGAGUUUUGUGUGAUUAUUUAUAGUAUUAAAAAUCUGUUAGAUUUACAUCCCAACUUUGAAGUUAAGUUUGUUAAGCGUCAAUUUGAUAAUUUGGUUGGUAAUGGUAUUGGUGUUGGUGUUGUUCUCGUUGUUGGGUUGGUUGUAGGUUUGUUGUUGGGGGGAACUGUAGGACAUGUUGGUGAUGCCUCUUCCACAUCUGAAGCCACUUGGAAGCGAAGUCUUUCCAACUUCUAA